AACUUUAAGACUAUUAUUUGAUGGCCCAAUUAUCAAAAUCUUACUUCACAGUCUUUCUUUAUUACUAUUAGGUGGUAUUUGGAUUGAUUCAAAUGAUUUCAUAUAUUAGAAUAAUUUAAGAUUCAUCAAUUUCGGAAAAACCUAUAAUUUAAAUGUAGAGUCCAAGAAUUUGAAGUCGUAAUUUACCGCAAGAAAAGGAGAGAGAUGGAUAAGCACAAACCACUUGCAAACAAAAAGUAGCACAAGGGAUGAAUCUAAAACUCCCCGAGCAAAAACAACGUUGUCAGCCGCCCUGUCUUUUUUAUUUGUACAAUGCGAUCACCACGUUGUACUUUCUAUUUCUGAAAACACGCCAACAGAUCCCCUAAUUUGGCUGGUACCCAUCGGGAAACACCUCAAUUUUCCCGGACGGGAACAGAUUUUGAUCUUGCCGCAAUUUCGUCCAGCCGUCUACUCCUCCUAGGACUAGUCUUCUUCUCCUCGAUAACAAGCCCGUAAAUCAAGUAGAAUCAAAUCAACAACAGAAUGUUAUCCGUCGCUUUCCUCCUCUCUCUUCUCUUUCUCUCCGCAGCCGGCGGGGGCUCCGCCAAUUCGACGGCGUACGAAGUACUCCAGUCCUUCGAUUUUCCUGUUGGUAUCCUUCCAAAAGGCGUAACUCACUACGAUCUUGUCGCGUCUUCCGGCAAAUUCAACGCUUAUUUAAACGGUUCCUGCAGUUUCUCUUUGGAAGGUUCGUAUCAGCUAAGGUACAAGUCUAAGAUCAGCGGGUACAUCCACAAAGAUAAGUUGACUGAUUUAUCUGGGGUUAGCGUCAAAGUGUUUUUCCUCUGGCUGAAUAUUGUUGAAGUUAGGAGGAACGGUGAAAAGCUUGAAUUCUCAGUGGGAAUUGCGUCUGCCGAAUUUGGGAUAGAUAAUUUUUAUGUUUCUCCGCAAUGCGGGUGUGGAUUGAAAUGUAACCCCUCGGACGAGCUUCGGGAAAUGGGGAAUCUUAGGACUAAUCCUCUUGUUUCUUCGUCUUAGCGGAGUAUAGCAGAAGAAGAGAAGAAAAAUUAAGCAGUAAGGAAAGAACAUGUUAUAUUUUGGAAAGUCUGGAGCAAGUAAUGAAGCCCAGAGUGCAGCUGAGAGCAGAAAAGGAAGAGGACUAUUUCAAGACCUCAAGGUGCAAGGAGCAGCUCAAAAGCAACAUAUUAUAUAUAUAUAAACAGCAUAGUUUUAUAUGGAAAAUGCCAUCCAAAUAGUAGAUGAGGCUGAAAUUGGGACUCUGGUGAACUAAUUAAUAAAUGCAUCCAUACAGUGAUGUAUAUUAGUGAACGAAAAUGAUCUCCUGCUGCAGGAGACAGUUGAACUUAAUUUAAAUAAAUCCAUUUAUUG